CUGUAUGCUGUGGCUGGGGCAGUUUUGCCUUCUGCUGCUUGGGCAUUGCCUCGGCUGGCUCGGUCACAUGAAGAGGCAGCUUUUUCAAGACCAACAGGGAAGAGUUGGUCAUGCUUCCUGGGCCAGUGCUGUAGUUGCCUUUUCUGAACUUGCGCUGCCUGGCUGCGGGGCUCGCCCUGUCCGGCCCAGCCCCACUGCGGCAACAGGAAGCACAAGCAACGGCUGCGAGGAAGGGUGGUGGUGACGGCUGCGAGGAAGGGUAGGCUGCGAGGAAGGGUGGUGGUGACGGCAGCAAAGGGGCAGUCAUCUGCGGCAGAGGGAUGUUCGGGCGGUCAGUCCCUGGUGCAGCCCACAGCCUUACAGCUGGAGCAGCAGGUGGAUCUAGGGAAGCUUGAGGCACAAGCCCCUCUGGUGUUGCUGUUGGGUUUGUUUCCAAGGCUGUGGUUGCCCUGCUGUUGGUGCCUGCAUCGUCGCUCCGCUCCUCUGAAGGAGUUCUGCACAUAAAUAGUUCCUGAAGGAGAUGAAAAAAGGACCAAAAAGUGUAGCACAUUCCCUUGGUGGAAUUCCAGGCAAAUUAGCAGAGUCAAAUCCAGACAGGAACACCAGCAAUGGAGCUUCAGUAAAAGAGAAAGACAUGCUGUCCUCUCCUGAAGAACUGGAAACUGUACAGCUGAAACCUGGUAGAGAAAAACUCAGAAAAAAACUCUGUGGCUAUUUAAAUAAACUGGGCAUCAAGGGGCCAAUCAAGACUUGGAAGUCUCGCUGGUUCUUUUAUGAUGAAAACAAAUGCCACUUACUCUACUACAGAACUGCACAGGAUGUCAACCCUUUGGGGACUAUUGAUCUCUCCAGUGCCAGUCUUGACUGCAAGUUAGAAAAUGGGGAAGGAAUUUUUGAGAUCAGAACACCAAACAGAGUUUUUACUUUGAAGGCAAUCAGCAAACAGGCAAUGAUGUACUGGCUGCAGCAGCUACAAAUGAGACGUUGGGAAUUUUGCAAUGCUCAGAGCAGAUUUCCUGUGGGCAGCUCUCAGCUUGUGAAUGAACCACUGCCUGGCAGAACAAGUGUUGUUGACAGUGAAGACUUUCUGCCUCCAGUCAAAACACCAACAGAAGCAGUAGGUUUAAAGGCAGCCUCUUUGCCUGCACCCCAAACAUCCACUGCUUUGCAGAACAUCUCCCUUAAGCACCCUUGGACAGAGAUACAAAAUACUGUCUACAGUAUCUGUGGCUCCAAGCAGAUCUGGGGGAACAAUGGGAAUGUCUUUAGCUUUGAUGAAUUCCAGGAGCAUCCCAAGAACCUGGAUGAGGAGCAAGAGACAGAAAUGGAGGCAGGAUGUACAGUUAAGCAGGAGACUCUGGAGGAUGGGAGGAUAGAGCCCAGAUUGAACUGGGCUAGAAAGGCCAAGUGGAUGAACAGUGGCUUCCCAGGCUUGGCUGAAGAGUUGCAUGGAGGGAUGAGCCCAGUAGAUAAAGUGAGUGUCCUACAGCAACAGAUCCUGACACUCACGGAAGAAGUCAAGUCACAGAAGGAGCUGGUUAAACUUCUCCACAAAGCUCUGGAGGCAGCCCAACAAGAGAAGCGAGUAUCCAGCAUGUACCUCACUGCAGCAGAGGAUAAGGACAGGCUGGAGCUGGUGCGCCACAAAGUGAGACAAAUUGCAGAUCUAACCAGUCAACUGGAAGCUCUUGAGAAAGAAAAGAAGGAGCUGGAGCAGACACUAACACUGAGGGAGAGCCACAUCCAGGAACUCAAAGAGCAUGUGCAGCUUCUGAUGGACAAGAACCAUGCUAAACAACAAGUCAUCAUGGCCUUGACAGAGCAGAUGGCCCGAGAGCUCUCUGAUCCCCUGCAGGAAACCAACACUAUCACUGUAGAAACGCUGUAUAAACAGCAGGAGGAGAUUGAGCACUUAAAGGAUGAUAUUGAUGCCUACAAAACACAGAAUCAGUUUCUGAACUCAGAGAUCCAUCAGGUUACUCGACUCUGGACAAGUGUUGCUGAGAAUGAGAAAGCACUUCUAAUGAAGUGUGCCUGCCUGCAAGCCCAAAACUGCAAGAUGGAGAGCAAAUACCUGAUGGUCUUGCGGAAGCUGCAGGAGGCUGUGCCUCUCCUGCCCAACUCCCAUGCUGAGUUGGUGAGGAACCUCAUCCAGGAAGCACUCCAGUGGGAUGUGAAGGAAGGAGCAGAAGAAGGUCUUAACCUGAACCCUGUAAGUGAGUAUGAUGAGUAUGGAUUUAUGACUGUGCCUGAAUAUGAAGUCGAGGAUUGGAAACUUCUGGCCAAAAUCCAAGCACUGGAGAUAAAAUCUAACAACCUGCGGAGCCAGGAAGUAGUGGAGAAGCCCCUCCGUGAUAAGUGGAAUAGUGUUGGAGAGCUGAGCCCCUCUGCAGAGCUGAAGAGUCUGAUCCGAAGUGGCAUUCCUGUGGAACAUCGCCAGCGGGUCUGGAGGUGGAUUGUCAGCCGACACUGCAGCCACCCCCCUGACCACUACCAGAGGUUGUUGAGGCAGAGUGAGAGCACUGAGCACCCCGCUUGCCGGCAGAUUGAGCUUGACCUGCCCCGCACACUGACCAACAACAAACAUUUUUCCUCUCCUACCUCCCCACUCAUCCCCAAGCUCCGGAGGGUGCUGCUAGCUUUCUCCUGGCACAAUCCUGCUAUUGGAUACUGCCAGGGACUGAACAGAUUGGCAGCUGUUGCUCUCCUGGUCCUGGAAGAUGAGGAAACUGCAUUCUGGUGCCUAGUCCAUAUUGUGGAGAACCUAAUGCCUGCAGACUAUUACAGCAACACACUGAUAACAUCACAGGUAGAUCAGAGAGUCUUCAAAGACCUCCUGUCAGAGAAACUGCCUCGCCUCAUGGCUCAUUUUGAGCAGUACCGGAUUGAUGUCUCCCUCAUCACUUUCAAUUGGUUUCUAGUGGCCUUUGUGGACAGCUUGGUCAGUGACAUCCUCUUGCGAGUGUGGGAUGCCUUCUUGUAUGAGGGAACUAAGGUGAUUUUCCGCUAUGCUCUUGCGAUUUUUAAAUACAAUGAGGAGGAAAUCUUAAGAAUUCAUGACAAUGUGGAGAUCUACCAGUACCUACGUUUUUUCACAAGGAUGAUUGUGGAUGGCAGGAAGCUGAUGAACAUCGCCUUCAAUGACUUAAAUCCCUUCCCCAUGAAACUACUGAGGAACCGGCGGACAAUGCACAGGGAAGAGAUGGAGACAGAGCUGUGUGAACUGGAACAGAUCAAGGCAGCCUAUGUAAAAGAGAGAGCAGAGCAGGGACCUCAGGACCUGAAAGAAAUUGUUAGUGAAGAGGAAGAAGAAAUUUAGAAAUUCAGCAAAAAGAGUUCCUCCUCUCCCUUCUCCCAGAAGAUCUCCAAUAGCAACUCUCUGUAAGAAGUGAAUGAGGGGAGGUGAUACCAGUAACAGCUCAUCUGCUCUUGAAAGCAAGGCUGUAAAUAUAGGAUCACUUGGGGACCUACCCAGACUUUAUAGUGAAUCGGAAGGUCUCAGAGGGAUUUUAUCCUCUUCCACAGUUCCCCCACCCAGUGCACAUUGUCCUGCAUACUGUGUCAAAAGCUCAUGGGAUACAAAUGACCCGUAGUGCCAGGCAGGAAUUUUCUACCUUUGCUGGUGGAGGCUUGAAAGAAAUCUUUAUGUGCAAGUAAAAUCACUAAAUAUAUUGAACCAGGAGCACUCAUUCACUGGUGCCUAAAGCUUCUGAACUGGUUAGGGAGAGAAUCUGCUUCUUGAAUGCAUGCUGCUUUCUUUGGCUAGUCUGCCAGGAAACUGUGUGUUUAAUCCUGAAAUUGCUGUCAGAGUCAUGCCACAUUCUUCAGACGAUUGUGGACCCUGAGGGAGGAUGAAGAGCUGGAAGAUGUCUGUCUGUGAAACUCAGGCUGGGACAAGUGAAAUGGGUUGUGAGAGGAACGAGUUGCCUCUCCAGUUCAUUUUGUUUCCCAUGGGAGUCCAUGGGUGGCUGGUCCCUGCACCAGUGAGCACUAGGUGUAUCUCCCUGUGGGGCCGGAAAAUCCUUGAAGCUAUCAUCCACCCCGUUCAGCUUCUAGCAGAGCCACCUGUGGGUUAGCUUAACCCUGGCAGGGCUGCGCCAUCCAGAGGUGAGUUUGCUCUGGAGAGGAGCUCUCAUCUCGAUGCGAAACCACAGCCUGUUUGAUAUCAGGGCCUCUUGUUAUAGGAACUUUGGCUACUGGUGUUGUGCGGGUCUUCUAACUGCUUCACACUUGGCUAAGGUCAGUGUCUGGCCUUCUUUGUCUGCCUCACAGUUAUGUUGCCACUGUGCUGGGUUUCUACAUUGAUGUUCUAUCUCUGACUCCUAUUCAUAACCCCCAUGGGAGGGAGGAUGUCUUUGGCCUGAUUUUAUUUCCCUGUCAUUUUGAAAGAAUCCAUGCUUUUCUUUUUGCUGUUUCUGAAGUUUCCAGUGAUGAAGGUGCCUUUCACCCAUAGGCUACGUCAGUGUGAGGGUAGACUUGAACUACUUGGACUAGCUCACAAAAUGUAGCUUCAGAUUCUUUAGAAAAACUGUUAGUGUUUCUGGCCACCCAGGGUCCAGACACCCUGCCUGUUCCUGGCAGUGAGAUUGGGUAUCUGUCACGCCUGCCUUCCAGGCCUGCCCUCCCUGUACCCUGGGCUGAAGGGUUGUCCUACCUGAAGUUCACUCCUCCCUAGACCCAGGCAGUGCUUAGUGCUUCAGACAAACACAGUGUCUUUUCCAUGUCACAGCAUUAGAUUCUGCUGCCUCGCUGUCUUGUGGAGCAGUGAUUUAUUCCACAUGUGCUUGUGGUGCUGGCACUCAGAGCGUGCAGCAACUCCCACUGUAAUGGAGGUCCCUGCUCUAUGUUUUCAGACUGAGUUGGUAACCAGAGCCCACUCAGUCAGUUAUACCUCCUGGCUGGUGCUCCUUAAACCACCCGCAGUAUAAAGUCAUGUGUGCUUGCAUAGGAGGAGAUGAGCAACAUUUUGCAGUCCAUGAUGUUCUCAGCCAGGUAGCUGUAGUCAAAAUCACAGACCUAGUGGGUAUAGUGGUGUCUGCUAGUCACCUGAGAUGUGUGGUCUGCCUGAGCUCUUCCUUAGAUGUGAUAUGGCAAAUCAGGGCAAUUUCAAGAAUCAAGGAAAUUUGCGUUGAGAUGUCUGGGGGCCAAGUACACUCUGUGGAUGUAAUCAAAGUUGAAAUGAGACUUUCGGAGAUGUGGAAACCCUGCACAAGGCUAAAUGGGCAAAAGCAAGUUAGAUCCCCUGCACGUUAUCGAAAGCUGCACACAUAGAAAGUGUUGGAGAAGAAGAAAAUGUCACUGGAGACUGACAACAUUCUCUCAGAAAAACAAGCCUGAAAGGCAAAAGAUUUUUUUUUUUUUUUUUUUUUUAAAAAAAAGAUGACACUGCUAAUAUAACUAACUUACACUAUAAUGUGCCUGUGUGCGUACGCAACUUUUUGUUCCUACCAUGGAUAUUCAAAAAGCAUUAUUUUUUAAAGCAAGAUGAUGGAAAUUAGAAGUAACAUUUCAAGUGUGUUUCAAAACAGCCUUUUGCAAUGGCUAAAAAUCUUUUCUUCCAUCCUUUUGUUUUUAAAAAUGGCAUUUUAAACAUGCUUUGUAAGACCAAGCCAUAGUCUGACAUACCCAGGCAGAGUAUAAAUAUACAUAGGUCUAGAUGUAUUAUAUAAUCACUUGUUAAAAAAUAAAUGAAACUUUUCUAAAGAAAACAUAGCCGAGCUGUACAAAUGGAGAUUGUGCCUGGUGGGAGUUCUGAAAAUAAUUUUCAAUCAAAGUCUGAAGGGAAGGACAUUUCAGGACUGAUAGAUGUUUAUUUUCUGUGCAGGAAUUGCCCAACUCUUAUUUUGCUUUGUUUUUUGGUGUGUCUUGGCCAGCUGUUGUUUUUGCUCCACGUGGCUUUUUACUGAAGGCCAUUCCUCUGGCCAUACAGAAUCCAGUCACUUGUGAUGGUUCUUGAAUAAAUUGUGGUGGAUACAUGAAUGUCUGCAAGGCCAGUGCAAACUUGCACAUUGGAGCCAAGCUACCAUGUCCUUGGGGACCCUUCUCUACUUACAUUCCAGUACACAAACUUUGGAGCUCCUGGAAAGCCCUGAGCUCAUGUCAUGAGAUGUGAGCCAGGGCCAGGAAUUAUCUUGGCCCUAUAUAAGUCACUUGGGCCUCUGCAGGAACUGCAGUGAGUAUCAGUCAAUGCUGAUAAGAUUUUGAGCAGAGGUUACCCUGGCCAGAAGGACAGAAGGAUAGCUUGUGUUGCCAUAGCCAGCCAUCUGUUGUUGAAAAGCAGAGUUUGAGCUGCCUGCAGAGGCCAGUGGCGCUCUCUGCCUGUGGUGGCAUCUGUGAAUAAAAAGGGUGUCUUUCCACUCCAGAAUAAACCCUUGGUGAGUUUUGCGGCAUGUACGACUUUGCUUUUUAAAUAAA